AUGGCUGCCAAACAGGAGGAGGGCCUCUUUGCUCGUCAGUACAUUGACUACAUCUACGUCCCGGCCGGCCUUCUCGUCGUCGGCACUGCCAUCGUCAAGAUGGACUGGACGCCUUAUGCCGUUCUUCUGGCCGUCGCUCUCGGCGUCUGGAACUACUACAGCUUCCAGCUCAAGAAGGUGCUGAAGCCGGAUGUCUUCCAGGAGUUCCCGCUCCAGGAGAAGACCAUCAUCUCUCACAAUGUCGCCAUCUACCGAUUCAAGCUCCCUACGCCCCGAAGCAUUCUUGGCCUUCCCAUCGGCCAGCACAUCUCCAUUGGCGCUCACCUUCCUCAGCCUGAUGGAACCGUCAAGGAAAUUGUCCGAUCGUACACCCCUAUUUCCGGCGAUCACCAGCCUGGCUUUGUCGACCUCCUGAUCAAGUCGUAUCCCCAGGGCAACAUCUCGAAGCACAUGGCCUCCCUCCAGGUUGGCCAGACCAUCCGCGUCCGCGGCCCCAAGGGCGCCUUCGUCUACACCCCCAACAUGGUCCGCCACUUCGGCAUGGUUGCCGGAGGCACGGGCAUCACCCCCAUGCUCCAGGUCAUUCGCGCCAUCGUUCGUGGACGCGCCGCCGGUGACAAGACCGAGGUCGACCUGAUCUUCGCCAACGUCACUGCUCAGGAUAUUCUGCUCAAGGAGGACCUUGACGCUCUUGCCAAGGAGGACAGCGGCAUCCGCAUCCACUAUGUUUUGGACAAGCCUCCGGAAGGCUGGACUGGUGGCGUUGGCUUUGUUACCGCUGAGAUGAUCAACAACUGGCUCCCCAAGCCCGCCCCCGACGUCAAGAUCCUCCUCUGUGGCCCCCCUCCCAUGAUUAGCGGUCUGAAGAAGGCUACGGAGAGUCUCGGCUUCGCCAAGGCUCGUCCCGUCAGCAAGCUCGAGGACCAGGUCUUUGCUUUCUAA